AUGCCUCUCCGCCGGGCCCUGAAGGUGAGCCUGUGGAUGCUGGCCACGGGGACACUCCUGGCCGCCGGCCACCAGCCCCACAGGACACGCAAAGGGUCCUUGGUGCAGAGGGAGCCCCGCAGCGAGGGGUCAGCUGAAGGCCAUGGCUGUUGGCUGGGCGGCCGGGGACACGGUCCCCGAGGUGCCCCUGCAGGACACCUCUUCGGGGUGUAUCCCAGCACCCCUCGGGACUCCCUGAGGCCCUAUGCAGCCCCGCUGAGCAGACAGGCACUUUCUGGUGGCCCCUCCUGGGACUUGUCAGCGCCCAAGGACCCCGGACUGGACACUGGUCGGGCCAAGAGCCGACGGCAGCGCCCGGUGGCGAAGGGGCGAGACCACCCUCGCCGGCCACCCCACCCACGGCCGAGACGAGCACUGCAGGCCGAGUCUGCGCCCACGGCCCCCCCGGGAGGAGUCCCUGUCCUGUACUUCUCUGGGAGGCCCGAGAGGCUGCUUCUCCGUGCCGAGGCGCUGGCCAGCGUCCCCCGGGAAGCGUUCACGGUGGAGGUCUGGGUGAGGCCCAGCGGAGGUCAGAACAGCCCAGCCGUCGUGGCAGGGCUGUUUGAUCACUGUUCCCACAUGGAAAACGACAAAGGCUGGGCCCUGGGCAUCCGCUCGGGCACCGAGGACGGAAAGCGAGACCCUCGUUUCUUCUUCUCCCUGCGCACUGACCGCGUGCCCGCGGCCACCGUCCUGCUCAGCCCCCACCGCGCCACGACCAGCCAGUGGACACACUUGGCGGCCACUUACGACGGCCGGAGAAUGGCCCUGUACGUGGACGGCACCCGAGUGGCCAGCAGCUUCGCCCAGUCGGGGCCUCUGCACAGCCCGUUCAUGGCCACCUGCCGGGCCCUGGUGCUGGGAGGCGACAGCUCCAAAGGUGGCCACUGCUUCCGCGGCCACCUGGCCACGCUGGCCUUGUGGUCGGCCGCCCGCUCCCAGGAGCACCUUCGCGCCAACGCACAGCGACCCAGCGCCGGGGAAGAAGAUUUGGCCACGUUGGUCCUGACGGGCAGCUUCGAGCCCUCGGCUGGCCAGUGGACAGCCUUCCGGGAGGACACGUCCCCGCAGUUUGAGGUCCUGCAGGCCCCUCGGCAGCCCGAGGUGGUGUCCCCGCUGCGCGCCCCGCGCUGCGGGCGCACGGCCUGCGACAACGUGGACCUCAUCGGUCAGUACAACGCACGCGGGGCCCUGCGCACCCAGAAGACGGUGCGGUACCAGGUGGUCAACGUGUGCGAUGACCGCGGUGGCCGGCCCACCGUGGGUGCCCGGCAGUUGGCCGCACAGCACCGUGCGCUCCUGGCCGCCUUCGGCCCCGCCAACAUCACCUGGGAACUGCACGAGCUGCGAGUGCGGAACUCCACGCUGCGCGCGCGCACGGUGCUGGCGCGCUGCGAGCCGCGCCAGGUGGGCGACGGCCGCUGCGACCCCGAGUGCCGCCACCCGGCCACGGGCUACGAUGGUGGCGACUGCCUGUUGCCCCGCCGCUGCCCGCCCUGGAAACUCCAGGACGGCGUGUGCCAACCUGAGUGUAACAACAUCGCCAACGACUUCGACGACGGAGACUGUUGCGACCCCGACGGGACGGACGUGAGCAAGACCUGCUUCGACCCCGACUCGCCCUACAGGGCGUACCUGAGCGUGAAGGAGCUGAAGGAGUUGCUGCAGCCCAAUAGUAGUCACUUCCUCAACAUCUACUUGGCCAGCUGGGCGCAGGAGGGCCUGGCCGGCUCUGCCACCUGGCCGUGGGAAAAGGACGCCCUCACCCACCAGGGCGGCGUGGUGCUCAACCCCAAGUAUUACGGCGUGCCUGGCCACACCAACACCAUGGUCCACGAGCUGGGCCACGUCCUGGGCCUCUACCACGUCUUCAAGGGAGUGAGCGAACUGGAAUCGUGCGCUGACCCCUGCCGGGAGACGGUGGCAUCCAUGGAGACCGGUGACUUGUGCGCUGACACAGCCCCUACGCCCGUGAGCAAGCUGUGUGGCGUCCCUGGGCCAGUCAACGACUCCUGUGGUUUCACCGACUUCCCGGGGGCUCCCUUCAACAAUUACAUGAGCUACACAGACGAUAACUGUACCGACAGCUUCACCCCGAACCAAGUCGCCCGCAUGCACUGCCACCUGGACCUGGUCUACCAGCAGUGGGUCCUCGGGCGGAAGCCCACCCCCAUCCCCAUGCCCCCCGUGGUCAUCGGCCAGACCCCCAGUUCCCUCACCAUCCACUGGCUUCCCCCUAUCGGCGGAGAGAUGUAUGACAGGAUCGAGGGAGCCGCGUGCAGAGCCUGCUCAGAGGACGGGACCUUCCACCAGUACGCGCACAAGGCCUCCUCCCCGCGCGUGUGCGAUUCCUCAGGCUACUGGACGCCGGAAGAGGCCAUAGGCUCUCCGGAUGUGGACCUUCCCUGCCUGCCCAACCUGCGAGCCUGGAGCCCGGAACUGCACCUGCCACACGCCAACGUGACGGUGCCCUGCCCGGUCGAGGGCUGCAUCUUAGAGCUCCGUUUCCAGCACGCCGUGGCGGCCGACGCACUCACCGUGUGGCUCACCUACCUCUCCCGGCCCGACGCCUCCCCCACGCUCCUGGACGCCGAGGUCCUGCUGCAGAACGGGGUGUCCGUGCACCUGGGGCCCCUGGACACGACCUGCGACGCGCCACUGACCGUCCGGCUGGCCGUGAGCGGGAAGGUGGCCGGGGUGAAGCUCUACUCGGCCUAUGACGGGGUCGAGGUCGAUGCAGCACUACUGAGCUCACGGCCCCGCAACCCGCUGUGUGCGCAUUGCACCCCUGUCACCUACCGGCUGUGGCGGGACCCCCCGUUUGCCGACGGCCGGCCUGUGGAGGUCAUGCACCCACAGAGGCAGUUCACGGACCUCGAGGUCCGGUCUGGGCAGACGUAUCGGUACCAGGUCCAAACUGAAGCCAGUGGCGAACUGGGGGAACUCUCUCCUGCUCUGAGUCACACACACGGUGCGGCUUUCUGUGGCGAUGGGACAGUGACCAGGAGCCUGGGGGAAGAAUGUGAUGAUGGGAACCUUCUCAAUGGAGACGGAUGCUCUAAGACGUGCCGGCUGGAGGAAGGCUUCCAUUGCACAGGAGACCCCAGUCUCUGCUACGUGCACGAGGGGGACGGACACUGUGAGCCCUUCGAGAGAGCCACCAGCUUCCAGGACUGCGGCCUCCGCCCCCCUGACGGCUUCCAGGAUCAGUGGACAGUCCAGGCCACGUCCCCUCAUGAAGACUGGGACUGCCCUGCGUCCUUGGUGACCGGGGAGCCCCACUCCCUGAGUUGCACACCUUACCAGGCUGAUUUGCCCAAGCGCUCUCUACCAACGGGCUGGUUCCCCUGUGGCCCUGUCGGUAACGCCUCUCAGGAUGGGGCCAGCCUGGAUGGACAGCAGAAGAUGCAGCUCAGAGUGAGGUUCAGCAGACCUGGAGUGGCCACGGCCGUUUUCCUGUUCCUGACCUCUGUCGGAGCUGGGGACCAUGGGACGCCAACGGUCACGCUCUCCCUGGUGGAUCGCAGUGGACACAGCCUCCAGCUGGGGACUCACGACCUGUCGUGUGAGCACAACCCAUUGGUCAUCAACGUGACCGGCCCCGCGGCUGCCCAGUCGCUUUGCACCAGCUCCGUGUUGCUCCUCUUUUCUUCCCCGCGGGUGGGCGUCUCCGCUGUGGCCCUCAGGACAGUCGCCCCCACGGGGCCCUCAGCUUCUGGGAGCUGCAACCCAGAGCGGGAAGAGCAGAGCUGUGUCCCGCUGUUACUGGAUCACGCUGAGGCCGUGAACUGUACCUCAGGGGGCCCGGGUCACAUGACAUGCGCCAUCACCUGUCAGAAGGGCUUCGCCCUGUGGGGCGCCAAAGGCUUCCUCAAGCCCAUCCAGAGAGAUGUCGUGCUGACAUGCUCCGCCGGCCACUGGGACCGAGCCGUACGCUGCAAGGCCCUGGACUGUGGCCUCCCGGACCCGUCCCUGGUCGCCCAUGCCACCUUCUCCUGUGCCGAUGGCACGGGCUACCAGAAACGCUGUCUCGUGGCCUGUGUGGCCCCAGCCAAGCUCCAAGGCCCGGACCCGUGGCUGACGUGCCUUGAGGAUGGCCUCUGGUCGCUCCCCGAAGCCUACUGCAAGGUGACGUGUGACGCACCCCCUGCCCUCCCUCACGCCCGCCCGCUCCUGCCCCACUGCCCGCAGGACGUGGGCUCCGUGUGCGGGUAUGAGUGCCAGCCCGGAUACUACGUGCCAGGGACCACCUCUGGUGCUGCCAGAAGCACCAUCCUGAAGGUCCGGUGCCUGGACAGUGGCUCCUGGGAGAAGGCCAGCUGCGUCCCCGUGGUCUGCGCGCCCCCGUCGCCUGUCCUGCAGGGCAUGUACACAUGCACCGAUGGCUUCAAGCUGGGAAGCCAAUGCACCGUCACAUGCCCAGAGGAUGGUGCAAGGCCUCCUGUCCUCUGCACCAAGGAGGGCAACUGGUCAGCGGAGUUCGAGCUCUGUGGGAACCUACAGGGGCGGUGCCCGCCUCCCCGCCAGCUGCUGAAUGAGGUUCAAUACGAAUGUGCACAGGGGCAUGGGAUUGGGACAGAGUGCCUUCCGACCUGCAUCUCCCCCCGCAACGACCCCGUCGUCCUCCCCGGCAAUGUCACAGUUGACACCCUGGAGCACUGGAUGGAGCCCAUCCUCAUCCAGAGUAUCGUGUGCACAGGGCUGCGUCGGUGGUUCCCAGACCCGUUACAGGUCCAUUGCAUCCCAUCCUGCGAGCCCUUUCAGGCCGACGGGUGGUGUGACACAGUCAACAACCGGGCGUACUGUGACUAUGACGGGGGUGACUGCUGCCCCUCGACUCUCUCCUCCAAGAUGGUCACCCCCUUUGCCGCCGACUGUGACACCGACGAGUGUUCCUGCCGGGACCCCAAGGCGGAAGAAAACCAGUAG